GACGCCAUUAAAAAAAAAGGCGAGACAGUUUGCACAAUAUACCUAGAAAGCGUUUGAAUUGGAAUAUUUCUGUAACUUGAAUUCGUUUAGGAUCGGUGUUUGGAUAGUUACAGGAAAACCUUUCUCCGACCUAGUGCUGUCUGGUUUUCCAAAGAAAGAAGGGCUGCGGGAUCGCGUUACUUCCGGUUCCGUCGAGAUCGCUGAUCAGAUCAGACCGCUGUAAGUUACAGUCAGUGUAACCCCAGGUAGCGCUGUUGUUUUCUCUGUUCUCUUUCUUUUUCAGACAUUGAAGUUGGCGGUUCAAGAUGUCUUACAUGCUCCCUCAUCUGCACAAUGGCUGGCAGGUGGACCAGGCCAUUUUGUCCGAGGAGGACAGGGUUCUGGUGAUCCGCUUCGGACACGACUGGGACCCGACAUGCAUGAAGAUGGACGAAGUUCUGUACAGCAUUGCUGAGAAGGUGAAAAACUUUGCUGUCAUUUACCUAGUGGAUAUCACUGAGGUGCCUGACUUCAACAAGAUGUAUGAAUUGUAUGAUCCUUGCACAGUCAUGUUUUUCUUCAGGAACAAACACAUCAUGAUUGAUUUGGGCACAGGUAACAACAACAAGAUCAACUGGACUAUGGAGGAUAAGCAGGAGAUGAUAGACAUUGUGGAGACAGUUUACAGAGGUGCACGAAAAGGAAGAGGUUUAGUAGUCUCCCCCAAAGACUAUUCAACAAAGUACAGAUAUUGAUUUUUUUUUUAAGCUUUUGUGGAGUGUAAUUUUUUUAGUUUUUGAACUUAUUUCUGCUUACCUGGAGUCUUCUGGUCAAAGGAUUUUGAUUAAUAAAAGC